AUGUAUUCCUGGCAUGGGCAUGGUCCGAACCAUCAUGCAGCGGCCAACGCAGCCACGACGACGCCGGGCCGUCGACUCGAAUCGCCCAAUCCCCCGUCCCACUCCUCGUACAUGUCGCAGCUCCGAUGGCCGGCGUCUAUGAUGUCGCGCUCGCAUAAUGCGCCCCCCGGUGCGUUGCCGACCCUCUCGUCGAAUUUGAGGAUGGGUGCAGCUGCCGCACCGGGAGGAGGGGCUGCUGCGGUUGGGGGUGGUACGGCCGGCGGGAAGGUCAUCGCUGGCUCAGGGCCGAGGAAUAAUACGCCGCAAAAUGCGCCGGGUGUCUCUGUGGUGGUUGAGUCGCGGGUUUCGGCGGAAUCGAUCGAGAGCUCCGAUAGCGAUCAGUCGGAUGUUGCGAGCGGGGGGCGCGAUGUGGUGGGGGCGGAUGCACUGGGGGAUACAGAUUAUGUGCCAUCGCAUGGGGGCGUGCAGGAUUCGAGGAGGGGAGGGGAGGGAAGUGCUGGCGCAGCAACAGCGACCGGAGGAGCGGUGAUGGGGUCUGCGGGGAGGAAUAGUAUUAUGGAUCGGGCGUUGGGCGACGACGACAUGGAUAGUAGCGGGAUGGCAGGAGAUACGCCCCGCAAGCAUGGCAAGCGGCUGACAACGUUGGAGGAGGUGUCAUUGUUCAACAUCUGUAAUCGACAUGCGGAGGAAUUCGGACAGCGCAGUAACCUGUGCAAGUGGUGGAUGACGGUGACGGCAGAGUUCACGCGCGAUCAGGGACAUCCGUAUUCGUGGCACUCGGUGCGGCGGAAGGUUGAACUGGUCACGAAGCAGCGCAUGAAGUUUCUCGAGGAGCAGCGAGAGAAGGGUGGCUUGGAGAACGAAGAUCUAUCCAAUCCCCGAUGGCGUUCAGCUGUCGACGCCUGGAUUCCGACAUGGCAGCGCUGGGAAGAGGCAGAGGCACGGCGGAUCGAGAAGCGCGACUCACGCCGGUCUCGCAAGCGGAAAGAAAGGUCUUGGGAACCGGCGUGGGAUGCUCCGAGUUCGAACGGGUGGAGGCAAACGUCCAGCCCAGCAGUGGAUACUACCACGAUCAGUGGAAACCAAAGUCAAGGCCAGCUGCCGCCUCCACCUGCCCCUGCCACUGCUACUGCUGCCCCUGUUACGCCUAAUCUAGUCCGGUUGCCGCCUGGAUUUGAAAACAUGUUUGCGAAUCAACCAGCCAAUUCAGCUGGGUGGCCGUCCCAGCAUCCAGCGUCCACGUCUGCUCCCCCUUCAGCUGGGGAGAAUGGCAUGAUGAGUGCUGUCAUAGAAACACUAGGCAAACUGAACAAGCAUUUAGAUGCUGUGAGCUCAGAACCUCAGUCAUCGCCUUUAAUCGCAUCAUUGGCCUCGAGCUCAGACUCCCAGCGUCGUGCAAGGCCGUCUAACCAAGAGGAAGCCACCCCCAACGAAGGCGAGAGGCAGGUGAAAGCAUUGCCGGCGUCGGCCAUCAAGCAGCUCAAGGAGGAACUUCGACAGGAGUUGCGGGAUGAGCUCCGGUCAGAGCUAGAAAAGGACCGAGCGGCGUUGGAAGAGAAGUUGGAUUCUGUACAGAGAACACAGGAAAUGAUUCUUGAAAUGCUAAGACAGGAGCCUGCGUGA